AUGGGAGAUGGUAGGUGCGGGUGGAAGGGGGGUUGCUUGUGUUCAGGAGGAGAGGCCGAUGCGGUGGGAUUUGGAGGAGGGAUCGAGGGAAGGGCGAUCGAGUUGGUGCAGGAGGGAGGAGGCGGCGGUGGAGGAAGAGGCGGAUGUGGCGGCGGCGGCCCGGCGGCGGGCUUCUUCGAGUUCUUCCUUGUCUUCGGCUUUGACUUCGAUUUUUGUAGGUUCACGCCUCAGCAUGUUCUCGGCCGCCUCUGGGUUUUAGCGAGUGGGAGUGUUAGCUUUGCUCGAUCUCUCCAUUUUUCCACCAUAAGCACCAUGGACGUGACCUCAGGCGAUCUCGACGCGCCACAUUCGAUGGGCACCACCAUCAUCGGCGUCACCUACAACGGCGGUGUUGUUCUCGGGGCGGACUCCCGCACCAGCACCGGUAUGUAUGUCGCGAAUAGGGCAUCCGACAAGAUCACCCAGCUGACGGAUAAUGUCUAUGUCUGCCGCUCGGGCUCGGCGGCGGAUUCACAGAUCGUGUCGGAUUAUGUGCGUUAUUACCUCCAUCAGCACACGAUACAACUCGGGCAGCCUGCUACUGUAAAGGUUGCCGCAAACCUUGUCCGAUUAUUGUCCUACAAUAACAAGAAUAUGCUUCAAACUGGUCUGAUUGUUGGUGGAUGGGAUAAGUACAAUGGGGGUAAAAUUUAUGGAAUACCAUUGGGAGGAACAGUUUUAGAGCUGCCUUUUACCAUUGGAGGAUCUGGCUCAUCUUAUCUAUAUGGUUUCUUUGAUCAAGAAUGGAGGGAAGGGAUGACUCAGGAAGAAGCUGAGCAACUAGUUGUGAAGGCAGUCUCUCUUGCCAUUGCUCGUGAUGGUGCCAGUGGUGGUGUUAUCCGCACUGUGACUAUUAACCAAGACGGGGCCACUAGAAAGUUCUACCCAGGCGACACUCAUCCUCUAUGGCACGAAGAACUUCCACCGCAGGAUUCCCUGUUGGACAUUACACCUGCUGCCAGUCCUAUGAUCAGUUAG